CUCACACAUAUCAGGAAGGACUAAAACAGCCAAGAUUAUACCAUGGCAAAAUCGAUUAGAACUAUUGCCUUGAGUGCCAUCCCGUGACCGCAAUCGCUAUUUCUGAAAAGAUCGACAUUUCGGAAGGAAAAACAGUACGGAGAAGUAUAGCACAGUUUGUACCUUUAGGAUUUCGCGAGCUAGCACAGCAGACUAGCUCAUAUCAAUAACUCGGCUGAGUGCUGCCCUUCUCCCUGGUCGUGCACCCCCACCCUGACUGAGGAUGGUGUGUGUGGGUGCGUGGUGUAUGGGGACUCAUCUGGGAGUCCUGACUCUGACACUCUGCUGCACUCUGGCGCCCUCUCCUGGAGAAGCCUACAUUUACGCUCACUACAGUAACAUGACAUCCAUGUUGUUUGAGGACCUCCCUGCACUCUUUGGCUCUCCUCUCCCUAAAGAUGGGCUGAAGGGUGUGUUGGUUGAGUCUCGUCCUCUUAACGCCUGUUCGCCCAUUGACCCCGCCCCCAUUAACCCCACCCCUGCGGACCCCAACAGCACCACCCACUACAUCGUCCUCAUCCGUCGCUAUGACUGCAAUUUCGACAUCAAGGUCUUACACGCCCAGCAGGCUGGUUACAGCGCCGCCAUCAUCCACAACAUGUUCUCCAACACGCUGCUCAACAUGAACUACAGCAACGAGACCAUUGCUGAAGAGAUCAUCAUCCCCUCUGUGUUCACCAGUUACUACGCCUCUGAGGUCCUGCACCAGUACAUUAUUCCAGAGAAAGGGACGUAUGUGAUUCUGAAGCCUCAGUUCUCCUUCCCACUCUCCUACUAUCUCAUCCCCUUCACCGGAGUCGUAGCCAUGAUCAUCAUCGUCAUGGUCAUCAUCCUGGUGGUGCGUUGUGUCCAGUACAGGAAGCGGCUGAGGAAAAACAGACUGACGAAAGAACAGCUGAAAAAAAUUCCCAUCCACAGAUUCAGUAAAGGUGAUGAAUAUGAUGUGUGUGCUAUUUGUCUGGAUGAAUAUGAGGAGGGAGACAAACUCAGAGUGUUGCCAUGUUCACACGCCUAUCACUGUAAGUGCGUGGAUCCAUGGCUGACACAGACGAAGAAGACAUGUCCCGUGUGCAAACAGCGUGUCACGCGGCCCAAUCCGGAAUAUUCCGAGUCGUCAGACUCUGAGGAGGAGGGAAGGUCGCGGGAGGGCGCGGCAGACGAGGAGGCGGCUGAUUCGCCCAGGGCUGAUUCAGAACGCACGCCCCUGCUCCGCCCCUCCAGCCCCGGCACCCCCCCUGCCACCACGUACGCCUCCACGGUUACUACGGUAACCGCCGUCGCCACCGUCAUGGCAACACAGUGCCUGUCCAACACUCCGCCGCACCAGCGCGACUCCCCGUUGCUGGGAUACGACGGCUACUACUCGCCUGUGGAAGACUCGGACGAAGGCUCUGACGAUGAGGAUGAUGAUGAAGAUGGCCACACCGAUGACGACACGGCACAGCUCGUGGGCCGCGGGGCGGUGGGCGUGUGAGUCGGCCGAACGAAGAUUUGAAACAAAACUGAACAUGAUUAAAACGGACGGUUCUUUUUGUUUCACAAGGGUUUUUCAUCUUUGGUUUUGUAAACGAUGGGCAGGUUUUUUUUUUGUUUUUUUGUGUGUAAUUAAAAGGUUUUGUUGGGGCUGUAAACUCACACCUGUGAAGUUUUCAGAGCAGUUCGCUGCAGUCUGUGGUAGACUGGCCCAUACAAUUUAGAUUAGAUACACACACACACACACACACACACACACACACUGCAGUGAGUGCAGAAACACAGCCUCUCAUCUCUGACGGAUCAUUUUUCUACUAUAUCAUCAUUUUAUCUGGGGGUUUUAUCAUUAUUAUUUGUGUAAUUAUGAAACUGACAUGAGUAGUUGGGGGUGGAGAAUGUUUUUUUUCCCCCACACUGUGUUGCCUGUAUCUCAUAUGCACACACACACACACACACACACACACACACACACAGUCUGGCCACGAUAGUGAUGUUGUGCAAUAUGGACGGGCUGCCAGUCUCCAUCAAGUUUUUGUUUGUUUGUUUGUUUGUUUUUUCCUCUCAUUUCGGAAGCACAUGAAGUGAUUUUAAUACAGACACAUGCUGCUGAUCAAAGUCUCCAAAGAUCCAGCUUUUCUCUCUCUGUCUCACCCUCUCCUGCUCCCCUCUCUCUCUUCUCUCUCUG